AUGGCAAAAAUUGAUGAAUCUCUAGAUGUUGAUUCGAAUGAAGUUAGUUCAACCGAUAGUCAUACAUCUGAUGAUGAGGAUUCCAGCUAUUCGGUGUCCGGUGGGCAUGAUAGGUCAGAUGAUGGCGAUGAUACUGGUGACCACCAUGAUGAUGAUGAUGAUGAUGAUGAUGACCAUGAUUUUGGUGAUGAAGCAUCUAUAGGUGAAAGAGCGGACAAAAAGAGAAAAAAAAGUUGCAACGCUGAAAGUAGUGUGCAAGACAUAAAUUCAGAGCUACCGGUUGACGUUGGUGAAAGUAGUGUGCGACAGAAAAAGAAGAAAUGUGCAGAGCAACCGAAAGACCUUUGCGAAAGUAGAGUGGCACCAAAAAAGAAGAAAUGUUCAGAGCUACCGAAAGAUCGUUGUGAAAGUAUUGUGCAAAAGAAAAAUAAAUGUUCGGUGCAACUGAAAGAGCGUGGCGCUAAUGUGUCAACACCAACACAUAUUGAUGUUACUAGUGCGACCGGGCAAUUCACUCCGAUGUAUGGAUUUCAACAUAUGAUUCCUAUGUUACAUCCGGUUAUGCAACAGAUGCACGUACCAUCUGGACAACAUGUUCCACCUGCACAACAUGUAACUUCUGUACCACAUGUACCACCUAUAUACCAAAUGUAUGGAAUGAAUGUUGGUGCAAAUUCAACUUCGUGUUAUGGUCUGUUACAACAGGUGAUGAAAUCUGCUGAUGGACAACAAUGAGUUUUUCUUUAUUUGGGCUGUAAUGUUUAUGAUA